CUUGUCAUAUUUCUAAUAAAAAGUAAAACAGAUCUCAUCCUAUCUGCUCACCGAUCUUAGCACAUUCCCCAAACUAUCCCCAGACGCCACUACCACACCAUUACGAUGGCGAGCCGUGGAGUUCCGAAGACGACCGAGGUAGUUCAAGGCGCGGUUGUGAAUAUUGUUCUAAAAGCCGAUCAGCGCACGGGCCGCCAAGUAAGCGGAACUGUUCGCGAUGUUUUAACACGAGGUGACCAUCAUCGCGGUAUCAAAGUUCGACUUACUGAUGGUCGUAUCGGACGGGUCCAGAGUAUGAGCACUACUUCAUCUACUUCAUCAACAUCAACAUCAACAUCAACAUCAACAUCAAAUGCUAUCCCCGAUGAUGUAGCAUUAGGAAGUACGUCAACCGUAGAUGGACCAGUGGAUUCGGUGGAGGGGACUACUUCACAGCCACGUGCGCGUCGCCCGCGUUAUCGGGACGCGAGGCUAGAAGAGCCGCUUGACCUUCCACCCGAGCAGGCUGACUUAGGUGCGUAUAUUGUGCCUUCAAGACGCAAGGGCAAGAACAAAAAUGGUUCCAAGCAGACUGACCGCCCAGACGGGUCGGCCCGGGGUGAUCAGUCCUUAAGAAGUAACGUGGUGGCAAAUUCUACUACGGAUGUAACAUCAACCACGGUGACAUGUCCAGUAUGUGGCGCAUUUGAAGGAGACGAGACGGCUGUGGCUUACCACGUAUCGGAACACUUUGAAUGAAUGAGUCCGCUGGCAGGCUUCUGGACAAAUUUUGGUGUUGAUCAACUCGACGGCCAUACGAAGCCAAAUGCCGACCAAAGAAGGGAUUGGAACACUCUAUAUGAACCGUGGCGGGGCGAUCCUACAUUAAAAGGUAGGCUGCGUACCAUGGUAGAGUUCGCUCUCAUGGCCCCUAGCCCGGUCUGCUCUUCCGCAACCGGUGUUAUACUCGACUACCAGCUUCUAGCAUAGCCAUAGGCAUCUAGCCAGCAAUGGCAGAAGUGGUCAUUGAUGCAAUAUGCUCAAAUGGGUCGUUUCUGGCAAUGGUGACCUCAAGGUCAUCUCCACUGAAGAGGGAUAUGCCAUCAGGGUGUCCAAC